AUGGGUGAUGUGCAGAAGGUACCCAAAGCCAACAGUGUACCCAGUUCCCCCCUCCCAAACAAGGGUGCUCUGCAGCGACCCGGCACCCCACAGGGCUCCCCUAGCACCCCCUGCCCCCAGGGGCUGCUCUCCGUCAUCCAGAAGCUGAAGGGUUCCCCGGAGCAGGAGCUCCGCAUCGUCCUGCUGGGGUUGGAUAACGCGGGCAAGACGACGCUGCUGAAGCGCCUGGCGUCCGAGGAGGUCAGCACCAUCACCCCCACACAGGGAUUCAACAUCAAGAGCGUCCACUCCCACGGUUUGAAGCUGAAUGUUUGGGAUAUCGGGGGGCAGCGCUCCAUCCGCCCAUAUUGGAAGAAGUAUCUGGGCAGCACAGACCUGCUGAUUUAUGUCAUUGACAGUGCUGACCAGAAGCGUUUCGAGGAGACAGGGCAGGAGCUGGCAGAGCUCACAGAGGACGAGUCCCUCACGGGGGUUCCGCUGCUGGUGUUUGCCAACAAGCAGGACCUGGUGACUGCAGCACCCGCGGCCGAAAUCGCAGAAGGGCUGAGCCUCCACACCUACCGGGACCGGGAAUGGCAGAUCCAGGCCUGCUCAGCCCUGUCUGGGGAAGGGGUGCAGGAUGGGAUGAACUGGAUUUCCAGCCAGAUCAUGAACAGGAAGAAGUGAGAGCUGCAAAGUGCCCGAUGGGACUGAGCUGCAGGUCCCUACGCCACGGCCAAUCCCCCUGGUCCCUCGGCUCCCCCCGAGCCUCGGCUGGGCCCUGAGCCUCAGAUUGCCGUGUUCUGAUGAUUUUCCCACCCAGUCUUCCACUAAUCAAUUGGCUUCCCCUCUCCCUGCCUCCUGGGCUUCCACGGGCUCCUCACACCCCCUGACUCCCCUGCAGCCCCCGUGCUUUUGGAGGGAAGCACAUGUCCCACCGUGUUGAGGGCUUGCACACCUCCAGCACGAGAACCUGCCCAGGACUUGUCCACCCACACUGCUGUCACACCCCACAGGGGCUGCUGUGACCCCCACAGUGCCCCAGGCACACCGGGCACCCGGACACGGCGCUGGCUGCACCUGUGUCCCCCCGUGCUCCCCAGGACGGGACUGGUGCUGUCCUGUGGCUCGGGACAGCCUCUGCUCAGCACCUCUCGCUGGCCAGAGGAGCCCCCAUGUGCGCACAGGGCAGGCACGAAGACGGGAUUAGUGACCAACAGAGGGAUGUCCUUGCCCGGUGCCACCGCGGGGUCCCUGUACCCCUGUGACAAGCGCUGUGUCCCAGCCGGGGCUGCUGUGGCCUGGCUGGAGGUGCCCAUCCGGAGGGCUGGGAGAUUCUGCUCCCGGGCCACCAGGGCUGCCGUGGCGGAGGGAUGGGGGAGACCGGCGGGAGCGGCGCGGGGCUGCCCUGCGAGCCUCAAUAAAGCUGCU